AGGAAUCUAUCGAAAAGAUCGCCAUUUUUUAGUGAUAUAAAUUGUGUAUUUGAUAAUUAAAUAUUGCUAAUUAGUCAGUUAGAUAGAGAAGAUUCUACUCUAGUGUUUUAAAUUAAUCCAUGUUUAGUUGAUUUCGAUUUUUUCGAUCAAGGUCAUUUUAUCUAAUAGCUCACCUUGACGUUUCAAAGACGCUGUUUAUUAUCGAGAAACUUGUUGAUGAACUCGAACCACCACAAGACACAAUUUCCAGGUGAGAAAAACAUUAAUGAUGAACCACAAUUGGAUAUAAUUACAGGAACAAUUAAAGGUAAAUCAGUUGACUUUCGUGGAUCUAAAAUCUAUCAGUUUCUAAAUAUUCCGUUUGCUGAACCUCCAAUAAAUGACCUUCGUUUUAAAAAGCCGAUACCAAAGAAACCCUGGAGAGGAGUAAUAGACACCAACCAGUGGGGAUCCUAUUGUAUUCAGAAUCUUUAUCCUGGUUUCAAUACUAAAUACAAGUUUGAUGAAGAUUGUCUUGUGUUGAAUGUUUUCGUGACUCAAUCCGCUAUUAGGGAUAAACAACAAGAUGAUGUUAGUCGACUAAGACCCGUUCUGGUUUGGUUUCAUGGCGGAGGCUUUAAUUUUGGUUCAGCAAAUGUGCCUGAGUUUUACGAUGGAACCGUUUUAGCAGCUCUUCAUGAUGUUAUUGUGGUUACUGUUAACUAUCGUCUGGGUCCUCUUGGUUUCUUGUAUCUACCUGAAUCAGAUAUUCCUGGAAACAUGGGUCUUUGGGAUCAAAAAUUAGCAUUACAAUGGGUAAAGAAAAAUAUCAAUUCUUUUGGUGGUGAUUCUGAUAGUGUGACUAUUUUUGGUGAAUCGGCUGGAUCAAUGUCUGUCUCUGCACAUAUUGUAUCUCCACAAUCGAGAGGAUUAUUUAAAAAUGCCAUCAUGCAAAGUGCAUCGAUUUACGAUCUAGAUCGUUGGACAAUCAAAGAUUUAAAUACAAAAUUUUAAGCCAUUGGAUGUCAACCGGGUGUCAAUAUUUCUUCAUGUUUAUCGUUGUACCAACCACUCAAAUCACAAGUAACCAAUGAUCUCAUGUUCUGGCCAAUAUCAGGAGAUGAAUUUUUACCUUCUAAUCCCGAGUCUAUUGUUUCAAGUGGAGGUGUUGAUCCAAAUAUUAACGUUCUAUUAGGAACUGUUGGUAAUGAAGGAGCUUUUAUGUUGAUACUCAAAGAUCCGAUUACUUUCCAUCCAAUUAAUCCAUUGAAUUUAACUUUACCUCAUGCAAAGUAUAUUUUUGGAAAACUUUUUGGUAAAUCGCUGAUAAAUUACUAUUCUGAUAGAUAUCUGGUUAAUGUAGAUCCAAAUGAUUCUGAUAAUAUACGAUUAGCUGUUAGUCAAGCUCUAGGAGAUACAAUUCUCACUUGUCCGACUUAUGCUUUCGGUAGAGAUUUAGUUAAUUCUGGAUUAACUAAUGUGUAUGCUUACUAUCAAUCUCAACGACCAUCUCAGUCACUGCUUCCAAUUGCAACGCCAAGUAAAUGGUUACCUGCAACUCAUGGUGAUUGUAUCCCAAUGGUCUUUGGUCUCCCUCUUUUGAGACCAGAAAAUUACACUAUCGAUGACACAAUAUUGUCCAUGAUCAUGAUGGAUGCUUGGGUUACCUUUGCUCGUGAAGGUAAACCUCCGCCAAUAGGUCAACAGUUAUGGUCGCCUUGGAAUAAUGAUUCUCAUAAGACAAUAACAUUCGAUGCAAAUAAAAUUGGUCAAACUGAAUCUCAACCCAUUGAAUUUUGCUUAAAACAUUGGCCUUUCCCGCUUGAAAGCCAAUAUCCAUUAACGUUCGAACCUGGAGCAUUUUCCAAGAUCGACGAUCACGAACGUAGUGACCUUUAAUUAUCAGUCUAAAUGAAUCUUACUUCCCAAUGCUAUUGGAUUGUAGAUAUUUUCUACUUUACUAUGAUUGAUUGGAUAAAAAUUAGCAAUUCAAUGCAUUUAAAGUUUUGAUUAUUCCACCAAACGGAUAACGACACGUUAUUAAAUUAGUUCAAAAAGACUAAGAAA